CUUAGCUGCAUGUGACUUUAAUUUGUUAUUCACGUAUGUUUUGACCGGCUGGGAGGGAACAACACAUGACGCUCGCAUUUUCCUUGAUGCGAUCAAUAACCCAAGUCUCAAUUUUCCAAAACCACCACCAGGUAAAUAUUAUUUAGUUGAUAAAGGUUUUCCCGAGAGACAAGGGUAUCUGACACCUUACUUCAAGACAAGGUAUCAUCAAACAGAGUUUCGUAGUGCAAAUCCAAGGGGGUCUCGAGAAGUAUUUAAUCGAGCACAUUCAUCUCUAAGAAGUUGCAUUGAGAGGGCUUUCGGUGUUCUCAAGGCGCGAUGGAGAAUAUUACAGAAAAUGCCCAUAUAUUCAUUACAUGGUCAGAAUAAGAUAAUUUGUUCAUGUUUUGCACUGCAUAACUACAUUCGGAAAAGCAAGAUUGGGGAUCCGGGUUUUACUAUCAUUGAUCAAGAUCCAAAUUUCAUACCAGAUGAUAUCUUUCGUGACGUUGAAUCAACUUCUGCGCAAAGCGUUGAACAUAUGAGAAUUCGCGAAAUGGCAGUCAUCCGUGAUAAUAUUGCAUCUAGUUUGAUGGCAGCGAGAAGGAGCUCUU